CGCAAAAAAAAAAAGGCCCACCACACUGCUCUUCUCUCUCCUCCCCAGUCCCUACACAGCACAGCACCCCUCGUUCCCUUGCCCUCGCCCGUUUCCUCGCGAAUCUCCCUUGCUCUCGCACGCGACACGCACGCCCGCGCGCGUGAAGGUACGCGGAAGCAAGGGAGAGGAUUCUCCGAAGCGGCGGGCGAGGCGGCGGCAGCGACGUAGAGGGAGAUGGCUGCGGGCGGUAGGGUUUCAAUCCCGGCAGGGGCGCGGCGAACGGUCGCGGACAUCAAGGAGAUCGCUGGCGGCCACACAGACGAGGAGGUCUACGCCAUGCUCCGCGAGUGCAACAUGGAUCCCAACGAGACCGCUCAGAGGCUCCUCCUCGAAGAUACCUUUCAUGAGGUGAAAAGGAAGCGUGACAAGAAAAAGGAGGGUAGUAAAGAGCCAUCUGAUUCUCGGUGGAGACCUGCCAUGCAGGGACGAGGUGGAAAGAGUGGUCGAGGGAACUAUUCUUCACGCACUUUGUCCAGCUCUAAUGAUUCUGCUGGACGAAGUGCUAUUUCUGGAAAGGAGAAUGGAAUAAGUCUGAUCACGGGAAAAGGUAGUGGUUCUACUCCAAUAAUCAAUGCGAAUAUGGAUGUCAAAGCUUCCACUUCCAUGCCAAGUUUGUUGAGUGGUCUUCGCAACGGUCCAUAUCAACCAGUUGAUUCUCCUGCUGUGCUGGUGACAAGUUCUAGUGCUGUUGGUGAUAAGUCUGGUUCAACAGCCUUGGCUGAUCUUACAGGUGGUCUUCCGUUCGAAGAUGUAGUCACUACUAUAGGUCCAAAUUUACUGCAACCAUUGAGACCAGCACCACUGUCAGAUCCUGUGGUUGUAUCUUUUCUCGACUCUCACAGCCUUGGUGACGUUGGUGCUUCCAGACAAACUAUUGGAAUCAAGAAGACAUCAGUUGAACAUAAGGUGGGGCGUGAUCUACCAACAAACAAAGGCUCCUCUGAACAAUCUGUGCCAUCUUCAUUUGGACGAUCCUCUGCUAGUAGACCAUCUUCCAGCUACAACAGUCGUUCACAACAAUCCCAAAAAGUUAUUCCAAGUAAAGAAUGGAAACCUAAACUGACUUGCUCGGCUGCUUCUCAAGCAACCGGGGAUGUUACCAUACAUGAUAAUGCACCUUUGGCUGCUGACGUUAUUCCCCAAUCAGCUCCAGUAUCAAAUUCAGCUGGUACAGAGGAUCCGUUGAAGGUGGACAAAUAUUUCAGUGAUCUACAGUUAUCAGAUAAGCUACAUGUGAUAAUUCCAGAUCACCUUCAAGUUUCUGAAUCUGAAAAGUAUGGUCUAAGCUUUGGAAGCUUUGACGUCAGUUUUCAGCAAACUAUGGGCUCUUCAGAUCCUGAAUGUGUGAAGAGCUCUUUACCGAAAUUCGAUUCAUCUCAUGAAUUGAAUGGCAGUAUUGAUAAGCCUCAAUCAAUGCAAAGAGAUCAGAAUUCAACUUCUACUGUCCAAGAGGAAGCUGGCCUUGUUCCUCAACCUUCUGCAAAGGUAGAAAAUUGUGCACCCUCAGCAGUGGGGAUUUCAUCUAUUGCCCCUAUGGAACCAAAAGAAUGUGAGGACUAUUCAGCCACUUCAGGGGAUCCCCAAUCUACAGCAAUUUAUAGCGCACCAUUUUAUUUGACAUAUGGAUUGGCACCACAAUCACAUGUGUAUCAGAUUGAAAAGUCUGAAUCUCAUUCUCAGUCAAAACAGGCAGUUGAUUUUUCUACAAAGUCGUACCAUCCUGCAACUGAUGCUGAUGAACGGCUGACCCCUUCUCUUGCUGCUCAAGCUGCCCACACAUACGGGAAUAUCCCAGUUGUUGCUGCACAAACUGGCCAGGAUCAAGAGGGGAACAACUCACCUGUGAUUAUUUCAUCUGUUUCUGCUUCGGUUGCUACCCCUGCUGCUGGAGUUCUGUCGGCUUCAGUUGCUAUCCCUCAACAGCCUGUUCCUGUAUUUUGCCAGCCUUUUGGUGUUCAUAUACCACAUCUCCAGACGAAUUGUGUCCCGUACAAUCAUUACAUUUCACCAUUUUUUAUUCCACCCCCUACUCUUCACCCUUUUAUGGGUAAUGCUACAUUUGCUCAGCCACCUUCAACAGGGGCCAUGUACCCAACUCCUGGAAGCGCAGGAGUUCUACCACCUGUCAAAUACUCUGUUCCUUCAUUCAAGCCUGGUGCUAACACUGGGAGCCAGGCAUCUAUUGGUGUUCCUGGUGGCCAUGGAACAUAUGGUUCUAGUCCAUCAGUUUACACUAAUAAUGCACCUGUGUCAUCUGGAAAUCUAACAGAAAAUGACAAUGUUACUUCAUCUCAGUUCAAGGAAAAUAGCAUCUAUAUUGCUGGGCUCCAGACCGAUGGCUUGACUCUGUGGGUUCCUACACCUCGACGUGAUAUUUCUGCUCUUCAGGUCAAUUCCUUCUAUGGUAUGCCCCCUCAAGGACAGCAGGUAACAUAUGCACCUCAGGCUGGUCAUGGUCCUUAUGGAGGGAUCUACCACCCAGCACAUUCUGUGACAGGAGCUGCUGUUCAUCCGCUGCUCCAGCCAUCUCACAGCAUGGCUGGAGCUGUUGAAAUAGUUGGGGCACCUGGUGUUUACCAGCACCCCCAAGCUCAGAUAAAUUGGGGAAGUUACUGAUAGGUCAUGAUAUAUUGUUUCUUUGACUUUGAGUGUCCAUAACGACACAUUUGGCAGAGAGGUUCAAGUUUCAACAUAGGUGAACUUGAUCAGGAGUGUAUAUAUGUUCUCACCAUGGCUGACCUGCAAGGGAGGGUUAUCGCUUCCAGAAGCUUACAGAUUGUUGUGGUUGUGGUUCUAUUUGUAGCAGAUAAUGUCCAUGAAGUUGGUUGAGUUAAUCUGCUCAGAUUCCUUAUUAUGGGCUCUCUAAUACAAUUUUAGCCUCUUGUGCCCCUCCAUCUGAAACUUGUGCAAGGAGCGUGAAUUUUGCUACCUUGUCUGAUAGAGGUUAUAGAAUACUUGAAAUCUGUGAAAUUGAGCAAGUGGAUUUUGUUCUUUCCGCUGCUUACAUGUAAAUUAAAUUUUGGUAGGAUGUGUAACAGCUGUUGUAUUUCGUCUCAGUUGUGGACUUGCAGCUAAUAAGAUUAAAAGUGUUUUGAAGGACUUA